AUGCCGGUCCGGAUCAUGUGCACUAUCUCCUUUUCUGCCGACGAUGAGCCCGGUAGGGGAUACGGUAAAGACGGUUUUGACGACCACUACAAAUGGGUAAAGAGAAGUAACGGAGAUGGGGACUCGCAGGAAUAUCUGGACAGGAGUAGUCAGAUGGAAGAUUACAAUGACGAGGAGGAGGAUGUUGGCCAGGUGGACGACCUGGCAACAUUCUUCAGUGGUUGUUCGCUUCAUGGCGCCAACCACAUGUUUGUGAAGGACAAGAAGUUCAGUUUCCGCCAAGGUCUUUGGGCGUUGGUGUUCACCAUGGCUCUGUCCGCUUUCUUGUUCCAGGUAUUUGACAGGGUUCUGUAUUAUCUUUCAUAUGAUUACAUCACCAUGCUCGAUGAGAGAGUGGCCAACAACAUGACCUUUCCGGCCGUCACCAUUUGUAAUUACAACUUUAUUCGGAAGUCUCAGAUCAGUUACGAAGACCUGAUUUUCAUGGGCCCUUUACUGGGCUUCGAGGAUGGCAUGGCUCCGGGGUUUCCACUCGCCCAGGAGCCUGACCGCCCGCCGGGCUAUCGCUUCAGCAUGGAUGAGUUCUACAACCGCACUCGGCACCGCAUUGAGGACAUUCUGCUUGAGUGUGACUUCAGAGGCUUAGAGUGCGGCCCUGAGAACUUCAGAGAGAUCUUCACACGCUAUGGAAAAUGCUACACCUUCAAUUCGGGCCAAGAUGGAAGACCCCUGAUGGUGACGAUGAAGGGUGGGAUGGGCAACGGCCUGGAGCUGAUGCUGGAUAUCCAGCAGGAUGAAUACUUGCCUGUAUGGGGAGAGACUGACGAGACAUCAUUUGAAGCAGGGAUCAAAGUUCAGAUCCACACCCAAGAUGAGCCGCCGUUCAUAGACCAGCUGGGCUUCGGAGUGGCGCCGGGGUUCCAGACCUUUGUCUCCUGUCAGGAACAACGGCUGACGUACUUACCUCCUCCAUGGGGGGACUGCAAGGCCACGGCGAUGGACUCGGACUUCUUCAACAGUUACAGUAUCACGGCCUGCCGAAUCGACUGUGAGACCAGAUACCUGGUGGAGAACUGCAACUGUAGGAUGGUCCAUAUGCCUGGAGAUGCCCCAUACUGCACCCCGGAGCAGUACAAGGAGUGUGCAGAUCCUGCCUUGGACUUUCUUGUAGAGAGAGACAAUGAUUACUGUGUGUGCGAGACGCCAUGCAACAUGACGCGCUACGGUAAAGAGAUGUCUUUUGUCAAGAUACCCAGUAAAGCAUCUGCCAAGUACCUUGCAAAGAAAUUCAACAAGACAGAGCAGUACAUAGCUGAUAACAUUUUGGUUCUGGAUAUCUACUUUGAAGCCCUGAACUACGAAACCAUUGAGCAAAAGAAAGCCUACGAAUUGGCAGGCCUUCUGGGUGAUAUUGGAGGUCAGAUGGGUCUUUUCAUUGGAGCCAGCAUCCUCACCAUUCUCGAACUCUUUGACUAUCUAUAUGAGGUGAUCAAAUACAAGCUGUGCCGAUGCGUGAAGAAGAAACACAAAGGCCGCAACAACAACGACCGGGGAGCUGUGCUGAGCCUGGAUGAUGUGAAACGCCAUGCUCCUUGUGAGAACCUGCGUACACCAUCGUCAUAUCCUGGCAACAUGCUACCUCAUCACCCAGGCCAGGGUAACUUUGAAGACUUCACUUGCUGAGCAGACCUGGGUGAAGCAUCAAAGUGGGUGUUAUGCAACCAAAGCCAACCAUACAACAAGACUAUCCGGCAUGGUAGUGCGAGGAACUGAUAAAGAGUCAGGAUGGAGGCAUUUAUUUUCAUGGAAACGGAGAAAAACGAGCAAAUCAGAUACGACAAAGAACUUUCACCCGAGUAAAUCCCAAACAUAAAAAUAUCUCUGUCAAAUUUUUGGAGAACAUUUCAUGCAGCACUCUAAACUCUCUGUUUUCCUCUGGAAUACUGCCGCAAAGGAUGCUCAUGGAGAAACCUUGCCAACACGGACCUCUCUUUCAAAAGACAAAAAAAUAAGUUAAAAAAAUAAUGGAAAAUGUACAGUUACGUCAUCAUAGACAGCCGAUCAGAAAAAAAGCCCCAUGCCUUUAUAUAACACGAUGGUUUCACAGAACACCGGCCUGCUAGAGGGACAAAUAUUCAUAUUGCUUACUCCACUGUACAUGUAGCAACAUCUGUAAUCGUUGCAGCGCUCCAUAAAACAACAGUUGGACUCUGUGUAGUUUGUACGAGAAUGUAUCUAUGUUCACAAUGAGUGUAGUCGGGCUGUGCAAGAAGCUUUCGGGGGGGUUGACAGCUUGUGGUUGUCAUGGUGGCGGAGGUGGUCAUAGAGGUGCAUCAUCUACCAUUUAAAAUGUACUGGUGAAGAUUUCAGGUCUCAU